UUUUAUGUUAUUGGACCUCAACUGGAAUGUAAUUUUUUUAUCCAAGUUUUGUGUUUGGUUCCUGGGAAAAUAUGGGAAAUUCAGAGAAUUAACUUCUGGGUAUUCGUUUUAACCUGGGACAAUGAACAACUCCUUUCAGGAUUGAUUCUAUCUGAUGCUUAUUCAUACAGACACUAGUCUAAGAUGUGGGAUAUUUAGAGUGUCACAGAAGGGAAACCGACUGUUCUCCAUUAGAUCAGAAUGGAGUUUUCCUUGUUUAUCAGCCUCCCUUGACAUUCGUCAUCUCACUAGGAACAGUCAGGUCCAAUUCAUAACAAACGGUUUCAGAUAUUCUAAGUUAUCAGCUCAAGUCAUGGAAACAGCAGGGAGCAAUGUGAUCAUCAAAGAUUACUUGCAAGAGUUGCCUCUUUCAUCUUCAUAUGAAAAUGCAAUGGAGGCACUUUCCUCUCUCAUUACACGUCAAAAACGAGGAGAGAAAUCACAUAUAGGUGGCAGAUAUGGAAAACUUGAAAGGAUGUCUAUGUAUCUUAAGAUAUUAGGUUUGGAGGAGCGUAUAGCUAAGUUAAAGAUCAUCCAUGUUGCUGGAACUAAAGGGAAGGGUUCAACAUGCACAUUCUGUGAGGCUAUCUUACGGCAGUGUGGUUUUCGAACUGGACUCUUCACGUCCCCCCAUUUAAUUGAUGUGAGAGAAAGAAUCCGUAUAAAUGGGUUGGAGAUAACUGAAGACAAAUUUCUACUCUAUUUUUGGGAUUGUUGGAACCUGAUGAAGGAAAAUGUUACAGAUGAUCUGCCAAUGCCUCCACUUUUUCAGUUCCUUACUGUAUUGGCAUUUAAAAUAUUUGUAUGUGAACAGGUAGAUGUUGCUGUUAUUGAAGUUGGUCUUGGAGGAACAAGGGAUUCAACAAAUGUGAUUAAAGAACCUAUUGUCUGUGGCGUUACUUCUUUGGGGAUGGACCACAUGGAGGCAUUGGGCGAUACCCUCAGUAAGAUCGCUUCCCAUAAAGCUGGAAUUUUGAAGCCUCAAAUUCCCGCAUUCACAGUACCCCAGCUUUCUGAAGCAAUGGAUGUUAUUCAGAAUAGGGCCCUGGAGCUGAUGGUCCCCUUGAAAUUAGCAGCACCUCUUGAUAAUAAAAAAUUGAAGGGAGUAAAACUUGGUUUGUCUGGUGAUCACCAGUUGAUUAAUGCAGGUCUUGCUGUUUCCCUCUGUACAUGCUGGCUUCAAAGAACAGGAAACUGGGAGAAAAUAUUUCACAAUGAUAGCCAAGAAGCUGAUUUGCCAGAGGCAUUUCUUAGAGGUCUUUCAACUGCACAUAUUUCAGGGAGGGCUCAGGUUGUUUAUGAUACUUCUCCAGUGUCUUAUAAUACAUCAGAAAAAACUGAAAAUUCAUCUGGAGAUCUGGUCUUUUACUUGGAUGGAGCUCAUAGUCCCGAGAGCAUAGAAGCUUGUGCCAAAUGGUUCUCUGGGGUUGUCAAGGAUAUAAAUCAAUCAUCGGCAUAUUCUUUUAACAAAAUUCAAAAUAUGGUGGAAGUUCGAAGUAAUGGUUACGUCAGACAUGAAAUGGAAAAGACUGAGCAGCCUAUCAAAAUAACAAAGCAGAUUCUUUUAUUCAAUUGCAUGGAGGUGAGAGACCCGCAAGUCUUACUUCCACGGCUUGUGAGUACAUGUGCUUCUUCAGGAAUUCAUUUUUCCAAAGCGCUUUUCGUCCCAGGCAUCUCAACUUAUAACAAGGUUACAUCUUUUUCCUCAGCCAUUCCCUUGGAUAUCCCUUGCAGGGACUUGUCAUGGCAAUUAAGCCUCCAGAGACUUUGGGAGAGGAUUAUUCAUGGGGCUGAUCCUGUUCUUGAAAAGAAUUCCAAGAAUGAUUACGCAGAGACCUUACCUCCGCGUGAAUUUCUUUAUGAGGAUGCUUCUCAUUGCAGGCCUGCAAACCAAUGUUUUGCUUGCAGCGCUGUGCUUCCUUCCUUGCCAUUGACAAUAAAAUGGUUGAGAGAUUGUGUUAAAGAAAACCCCUCCUUAAGAGUUCAGGUUCUCGUUACCGGUUCAUUGCAUUUGGUUGGAGAUGUAUUAAAGCUAUUAAAGAGAUGA